GACUCGGGCUGGAGCCUUGAGUACUGGUAUUUGCGGCGCCCUGGUCGGUGGUCACUUGAGUUCUACCCUCAGGUCCCGUGAGCCUUGACGCUGGUGUCGCCGCUCUCCCGCCGCCACUGCCCUGCGGGACCAUGUUGUGCUUCCGCCUCGCCCCUGUUCUCCUCUGCCUCGUCCUGGGGGCUGCCCAGUCUUACGCGUUGGAACUUAAUUUGAAAAACAAAGAAGACGUCACUUGCCUUUAUGCAAAAUGGCAGAUGAAUUUCACAGUACAGUAUGAAACUACAAACAAAACUAAUGAAACGGUUUCCAUUCCAGUCCUUGGUAAUGUGACAUAUAAUGAAAGCUUUUGUGGGGAUGACCACAAUGCUUCCAGACUAGCUGUGAAGUUUCGAUCUGGUUUCUCUUGGUUUGUGAAUUUUACUAAGAGGGUGACUCAUUACAGCAUUGAAAGCAUCGUGUUUACCUACAACACCAACGAUAGCUCGAUAUUUCCUGAUGCUAAAGAUAAAGGACUUGUUACUGUUCAUAAACCUGUGAUGUUCAGCAUUCCACUGAAUGACAUCUUUAGAUGCAAUAGUUUGUUUACUUAUGAAACGAAUGGUGUUGUCCAUAACUAUUGGGAUAUUCAUGUUCAAGCUUUUGUUGAAAAUGGCACAGUAAGCACAAAAGAGUUUGUAUGUGAGGAAGACAGAAGUUCCACUACAGUUCCACCUGUCAUUCACACCACUGUGCCCUCUCCCACUACAACAUCCCCUCCUGUGGAGAAGCCAGAAGUUGGAAACUAUUCAGUGGGUGAGGGCAACAGCACAUGCCUGCUGGCCACCAUGGGGCUACAGCUGAAUAUCACUCAUGAUAAGGUUGCUUCAGUUAUUAACAUCAACCCCAACACAACUGGCUUCACUGGCAGCUGCCAGCCCAAGAGAGCUCAGCUCAGGCUGAACAACAGUGUCGUUAAGUAUCUUGACUUUGUCUUUGCUGUGAAAAAUGAAAACCGAUUCUAUCUGAAGGAAGUGAAUGCCAACAUAAGUUUGACAAAUGGCUCUGUUUUCAGUUUUUCAAAUGAAAACCUUAGCUACUGGGAUGCCCCCCUGGGAAGUUCUUAUAUGUGCAACAAGGAGCAGACUGUUUCAGUGUCUGGGAAAUUUCAGAUAAAUACCUUUGGCCUAAGAGUUCAGCCUUUCAAAGUGAAGGAAGGAGUAUUUUCUACAGCUCAAGACUGCACUGCAGAUGAUGACAACUUCCUUGUGCCCAUAGCGGUGGGAGCAGCCUUGGCAGGAGUACUCAUUCUAGUGUUGCUGGCUUAUUUUAUUGGUCUCAAGCGCCAUCAUGCUGGAUAUGAGCAAUUUUAGAACUUGCAAUCUGAUUGAUUGUAUAACAGUACAUGACAUUACAAGGUUUUCUUGCUCAAUGUAUGAAACACUUUGCUUUAUAAAAUCAAUAUGUUGAAACUUUAACUCUUAUAUCAGACCCACCAUUUGAUUGAUCAACGUAAAGUUGAAAGAAAAUUAUGUUUACUGGUCCUGGAGAUAAAUUUGUUGCAAAGAGCAUUGGUGUGGAGUGUUUUAUGGUCUAUCUUAUUAAAGAGCUUUGGCCAAAUUUUGAUCCUAACCUAAGGUGCCUUAAACUUAUUAACACAGCCAUUAUAAGAACAAAACAUGUAGGUGUGUUUUAAUGGAAUUAAUAAAUAUUGUUUCUCUA